AUGCGGCCGAUCGUCGACCAGCUCUGCACGGCGCUGCGGUGGCUUCACGAGCUGGGCGUAGCGCACUGCGACCUCUGCCUGGAGAACGUGGUGCUGGCGGGAGGGGAGCCCGGCGGGGCAGCACCCCUCCGCCCGAUGCUCAUCCCGAGGAGGGCCGCCCUCGGGCGCCUGCAGGGCGUGCCGGGCGGGCCCCAGGGGGGCUGCCAGGCGAGGGCGCCCUACAGGGCGCCCGAAUUGCACCGUGUUGGCUGGCAGUACGACGCGUUCCUGGCCGACGAGUUCGCCCUCGGCGUCGCGGUGUACGGCAUGGCCACGGUGGACUACCCGUGGGCGUGCACGGAGGACGGCCGUUCGCACCACUUCGACCUGGCGCGGCGGUGCGGGGUGCCCGCGCUGCUGCGGCGCCGGGCGGCCCGCUCCGGGGAGCGGCUGACCGAGGCACUGUCCCUCGACCUGCUCGGGCUGCUGGCAGGCCUCUUGGCCCUCGAAGCGAGAGAUCGGCUCAGCGUGGGCGAGGCGUGCUUCGAGCUGGAGGGCCGCGCCUCCGCCCGCCGCUCGCCGUGGAUCCGAGAGGUCACGGCCGGCGCCCCCGCGGACACCGCCGCUCGCAUGGAGCCGCCGCCCGCGCUCUGCAGGGAGCCUUCCCGCACGUCCUCGGCGAGCACGGCCGACACCGAGGCGGACCAGGGCCAGCACGUCGCCUCCGAGGGGGAGGAGCUGGCGGCGGCGGGCCUCUGA